AUGUGCUCAUGUGUUUUGAAAAUUACUCUGUUGAUAUCAAUUUUCAGCGUCCACCUUUUGUUGUUGAGCGUCCUUCUUAUUGUGGGAGGAACUGCCAAUGAAACGCCCCAACAAGUGGUAUCUAGAUAUAACAAUUAUAAGGCGAUAUGUAAUGGACUGGGUUAUAAAAAUUUGGGUUGCAAAGAUAAAACAGAUACAGUUGCGUUUCAAUCUUCAAUCACAAAUACCCGGGAAAAUAUGAAAAACCAAGAAACUGUUAUCUUUGAUAAAGUUUCAUUAAACGAAGGAAAAGCUUACGACAAGACUACUGGGAUAUUUAUAGCACCAUUCGAAGGAAUCUAUUCCUUCACUUGGACAACAUUAACAAUAGGAGGAAAAUAUUUUUUCACUGAAAUUGUGCGGAAUAGUCAACCUAUUGCAUAUAAUCAUAAUGAUGGAAGAGGACGUGGAGGAUACCCUAUGUCAUCUUCACAUGCUAACAUCAAAAUGAAGAAAGGUGAUAAAGUAUGGAUUCGAACCCACCGCAACUAUGGACAGUAUGUUUAUGGUGCAAAUUGGUGCAAUUUCUCUGGAAUAAAAUUCUAGUACAAUUUUUGCGUUAGAAAAUAAA